AUGCCCUUCAAACUAUCCGACAUCCCAGUCCUCACCGACAAAAUCAUCCUGGUGACGGGCGGCAACGAAGGCCUAGGUAAAGAGUCCGUCUUCCAACUCGCCACCCGCUCCCCAGCAAAGAUCUACCUCGCAGCUCGCAAUCCAUCCAAGGCCGAAGCAGCCCUAUCUGAAAUCAAGGAACGUGCCGGUGACAAUUGCGCGCCGAUUCAGAUUCUCAAUCUUGAUUUGUCUUCUUUCGACUCCGUCAAAAAGGCUGCUGCGGAGGUUAUUGCGAAUGAAUCCCGCCUUGAUCUGCUCAUCGCCAAUGCAGGCGUAAUGGGCGCUGAUGGCGUCACGAAAGAGGGCUAUGAGAUCCAGUUCGGCGUGAACCAUAUGGGUCAUGCGCUGUUGAUUCGUUCCUUACUUCCGCUUAUGCAGGAGACUGCGAAGAGGGAGGGUAUCGCUGUGGGCGAGACACGAUGUGUCAUCUUGUCUUCGGGCGCGGAGGCGUUCGCGCCUGCUUCCAUUUAUCCAUUUGAGGGAUUGAAGGGGGAUCUUGCAUCGACGGGCAUGUGGGCGAGGUACGGGAUUAGCAAAAUGGCUAAUUUACAUUAUGCCUCUCAGCUUGCGAAGCGGUAUCCUGAGGCCGAGACGGGGGUUCGCUUUGUUUCGAUUCAUCCUGGUGCUGUUGUCACCAAUCUUGGGGAUACUUUGAAUAAUUGGCCGAAGAUUGAGUGGUUAAUCAAGAAGGUUGGGGCGACGCUGUUCAUGCUUAAGCCUGUGGAGCACGGGGUGAGGAACCAACUUUGGGCUGCUACUUGUUCUGAUGGGUCUGGAUUGAAGAAGGGUCCUGAGUCGGGUGUUUACUAUCAUCCGGUGGGUAUUGCGGGGAAGGGGACUAAGAUGGCGUAUGAUGAAGGUAAGGCGAGUGAGUUGUGGGAGUGGACCGAGAAGGAGUUGCAACCUUAUCUCGAAGUGUAA